UUAUCCGGUGUGUGCUCGGUACCGUCAGUCGGUCUGUGCCGUUAUUACUGACCGUGACUCGUCCGCAGUUUAACGAGUUCAAACGUUAACGAACCCCCAGAUUUACCGGAAACAUGUCGCACACCGUCAUCACCACGACGACCACCACCAGGACUUCCGGUGACAGCGUCUUCAACGCGGGCUACACCCGGACCAUCCCGGGUCUGCUCAAGAUGGGACAGAUGCUCGCUCUGCUCGUCACCUUCCUGUGUGUGCGCUGUGCUCGGGGGUGGCCCAGCUGGGCGGCGUUCCAGUUCUUUGAGGUGGUGACGCUGUGGUUCCUCGUGGCCUUCCUCAUCUUCUUCCUCAUGCACCUGUUCAGGCUGCAGGCGAAGAUGCCGUGCAUCAACUGGCCUCUGACGGAGUUCUUCCAUUACUCCGUUGGCACCGUCCUCGUCUUCAUCGCCUCCAUCGUCGCUGCGGUGAACAGUGGAUCCGUGUCUGCGCUGGUGGCCGGGUCGGUGUUUGGCUUCAUAGCGACGUUCCUGAUGGCCGUGAGUCUGUGGACGUCCUACAGUGUGACCUGUGGUCCUCACCCCACAGGUUCAUCUGUGUGAAACAUCGUCUCUGAAGAAACCGACGUUUCAGCUCAGCACCCACCUGGAGAAUUCACCUGAUCAGAACUCAGAGGUAACUAGUGCUGAUCCAGGACAAGCGUCGAUUUCAACCAGUUGAAAUGUAAAUAUAUUCUGUUUGCCACUGAAUCUUCUCAAACCUCUGACGUCACAUUAAAAGGUGCCGAGUCUCACAUUUCAACCAUCGAUUGUAUCAGUGACACGUUUGAUAAACUCACUUUUCAUAUUAUUGUCACGACUACAUUUCCCAUCAUCCCUGCUGCUUCCCGCCCCUGAAACAGGUCGACAUGUUUAAAGAUCUUUUUGUCUCGUGAGCUUUUCGUCGUUCACCAGCUGUGAGCGUCUUUAGAACAGCGCCCUCUUCCUGUUGUGUGCCCUCCUGACAAUUUCUGUGUUCCCUCUUUUUUGAUUUCCUCAGUGUUUAACGCCGCUAGCUUGAUUUGUUCAAGUUGAUUUUAAACGUCCAGCGUUUUACAUCCUCCGCUCAGUGACAUCAGUUUAGAGCCACUCUUUUAAAAUCACUUUUCACAAUGAUGCACAGUAUAGCCCUGUUAGCCUGCGAUGCUAAUUUUGCUAGCACACCAAAAUAUCUGCGUUGUCAUUCUGGUGUGCUAAUAACUUUUACAAGCAGAUAUUUUAUAGAAAAAAGCAUGCAUGCUAAUGAUUUUGUUAGAAUGCUAAAACAUUACUCAGGGGCUAAUACACACGUGUGCUAAAAACUAUAGCAUGCGAAAAAAACUUAUGAUAUGAAACAGUGAAAAAGAAAACAACAGCAUGCUAACAAUGCUACAAACAAAACCAGGAUUAAUAAAGUUUCUUUUACUUAUUGUCAACAUAUUUGAUGUGCAGAAUCAAACCAACGAUAUAUUAAUCUACAAACAAGUCUCAAAGGCUGUGGAUUCAUCUUCCACCAAAAAAUAGUCCCUGACAAAGACACAAUGUGCCAUUAAUUUGACAAAUGAAUGGAAAAAUUGUCCAUGAACCUUCUCUGGGUGUGGCAGAAACUCCCAUGAUGCAUCACUGUUACUCUCCACAGUUUAGAGGAAGUUCAGUAUCUGAGUUCACUUCCUCUCCAGCUUCACUGAAACAGACAGGACAGGUGUGAAUGUCCAAGAUGUGAUAAACGUUUCAAAUGUUUGUCACAUCAGAAAAGAUCUCGAGACGAGAGCAGCGGUUUCUUUCAGCCACUCGGUGAUUGAUUGUUGAUUCUCUCGCUCGUCAGGGGAGAAAUUAGCUGGUGUGGAAAUCUGUUGCACAGAAACAUACAUGUUAACAAAGAAUAUGCACAAAAUAAUGAAAUGUACCAAAUAUCAAUCAAAAGGAUUUUCAGAUUAAUAUCAUGUAUAAAUGGACCAAUGAAAGGUCUGGAACAGAAACAUUCAUGUAUGGAUUAUUAAACAGGUUCACAUGAAUAAAAUGUUCACACAGAUGAAUUAACUAUUUAACAACUUGCACAACUAUUAACAAACCUAUGUGCAGAUUAAGAAAAAGUAUUUGUGAUACUGUAAAAUUAAGGUAAAACUUCAGGAUGAACUAAAACCUGCAUAUGGAUGAAUAAGGUUCGGACUUUUGAAAUAGAUACAGACCUGUUAUUGAAAUACAAGUGACAUUAUUUAAUUAUCAUUUCAUCUGAAUGAAAGCACAGAUUAAUAACUUGUGUCAGAAACAUAGUGAAAAUAUCUUGACUAUUUAAAGACAGAGCAUCACAGCACGUUAACUUUUUCUCUGACUGAAGCACAAUCAGUAAAAAUCUCACCUCACCUGAACUUUGCAUGAUUUUGUAUUUUCUCUAUUUUUAUGACUUUGAAUAUUGAUCUCUGCUUCUAAUUAGUGAGUAAAAAGAUAAAUGAUCUCAGCUCAAACAUUCAGUCACAUUUUAUUUACGCUUUAUAAAUGUGUGCAGACGAAUUUCCACAUCGUAGGACCCUGAACUCCGUAGGUCUCUUAACCAAUCAGUGUGUCAGGGACAUUCAAAAGAAAUCGACUUAAUUAUCACCAAUGACUCGAUGCAGUGAUUUUAAUUCAAGAAACAUCUCUGAUCAGCAUAUCAACUCUUAUCAUGUUCAUUUUGCUUUAACCACAUAAAUUAACUUUUCAAAGAGACGAGACCAAGAUUAAAAAUCUGACCAGACAUUUGAAUCCAAACUCUAAGAAGUUUACGUCCUGCUACGGACACCGAGAAAACAGCUUGUCGGCUGAUUGGUGACUUAUUAUUUGUGAGUAACUUAUUAUCAAAGGAGAUCCCUUGUGUGAGGAAUGAUGUAAAAUAACUUUCUACCAUUAGAAUGCACUGAGUUAAGUUUAAGUAAAAGUUUUUCUACUCAUUUUAGCAUUUCUUUAUUUUUGAUGUGAACUUUUCUUUGUUUUUAACGAAAGUGACACAAUUAUUUCCCCUAAUUCUGAUUCAGUGUGUGAAUUCAAGUCUGGAUUCUACUGUUGGUCCCACAAGAACCUUGUCACUUCCUUUUCUUUGAAUGCAAUUGCAUGUGUGGCGGACAGAGGUAGCUAGCUUAUUCUAUCCUAGCUUUACUGUAGCAUUACACUCAAGGUACGAAGUCAGUGACAAUGUCAGUUCUAUUCGAGGAACAACUUCAUGUAAACAGGCCAAACAUAAAGGACUUUAGGUUUUAGAAUUUUACCAGACUUGGUAAAAUGUGUGUUUUUGCCAUUCAGGUUCACCAGUUAGCAAAGUUAUUGAGGUUUACUCUCAUUAUUUCUGUCUCUGAGAAAAGUUUGUAAAAUUAAAAUUCAUUCACACUAAUGUUUUUCUCCUGGUGCUAAACGAAGCUUAGUGAAAAGUGUUUUCUCGAUGAUUUAUUAUCGAACUUUUCUGCCGUUUCCAGUUUAAAACUGAACUCUGCUCUCGGUUGGAGACGUUGAUCUUCAGUUUACUGCCUUAACUGUCAAUCAGAUGCCAAAAAAGUGAGCGUGAUGCGUCUGAUGUUUCACUGAAUGUGUCUUUAAAUUCCCUGUGUAGCAGCAGAGAGAACAGAACAAAGGGAUUUAUGUCUAAUUGGAUAAAAACCGACUGUUUCACUUUGACUCUGUGGAAGUUUACAUUUACAUGACAAAUUCUAAUGUAUUCAAAAAGAGAUUAUUGUCUUCGCCUCUGGUGCAAACGAUGCAGCCUCUACACACUGGGAGAGAAGUUACCAGUCGUUGGUUUGAAGCAACCAAUCGAAUUAUUCAAAAGAACAAUGAUUGGAAACUCUUUUGAUAAUCGUUUUUUCAGCAAAACUGACAAUCAUUUUGUGUUGUUAGCUUCUCCAGUAUGAGUCUUUCGUACGUUGGGGUUUGGAAAAUUGAUCAAAUUCAAAAACCGGACCAUGGGUUUGACUGAACUCGGGGGGGUUGACGGUCCAGAAACUCUCAGUGUGUAGAGGUUUAACAUCCUGUUGCAUCAAACUGCUCAAAGCUGAUUUCUUCAGAGUAAAAACAUUUGUGCGUUUGAAGUUUCUGUGAUGGACCAAGACGUUCACACCUGCUGAGUAUCUUCUUGUUUUACUUGUGUCUGGACCAGUUUGACUCAUGAAGCUUUAAUUCCAUUAGCGACACAUCUUGUUAAAAGCUGAUUCCUGCUGUUGAUGAAUAUCAGAAGCUGAAGCACUUAUGUAGAAUCACUGGACAUGAAUAAUGUGUGGGUUUUAUUUUGAGCUUUAUUUUAGCAUGUUUAGAUUUGUUUGUAUUUCUACAGUUAAACUUUUGAUAUAUCAAAUGUUUCCAUCAGUAUUUACCCAGAGUUCAGUUUUGGUAUAGAAUUAUACUGUAUUUUUUAUGAAUGCAUUUCAAUUUUUUGACUCUUUAGCUAUUUGUUUUGUUUUUUAUUGCCGCCUGGAGUCGUGUGAGGAAUCGGAGCAAAUUAGUUUCAACUCUGCUGACGAUAUAAACUCUGACUGUUUCCAUUGUCUUUUCUUCUUGAGGAAAAGAUUCUCACCACAUGAAAUUUGAUCUUAGAUUCCCUCGGACUCCAGGUCAGACCAACACUGAUGUUUACAUCCUUUAUUCCUGCAUGUUUGUAUUUUCUGAUGCUUCACGAUGCCCGUGACCGGAUUUAAGGCUGUUGGUCCGCUGGGAGACAAAGGGUUCUGGGAAAUAAUCAGCAGUGUGGUGGCCUGUGAGUACUGAUGCAGUACGGCCACAGAAUGUAGUGUGAUCUUAACCGGACAUCUCACGAGAAAAUAAAUGAAAUACAGAAGAAAUAAAUCUGUUAAGUGAAUAAUAUAAACAUUUUCAGUCUCUUAGAUUUCUUCUAGAUGUUAGAAAGUCUGAGAUCAUAAAAGUGUUUGUGUGGACUUCAGGGAGCGUUUCACACCUUGUUUGUUUCAGACUCUUCAGUUCAGUCUGGACCUAAACAUCAGGUGUGAAAGGUUCCUCAGACACGGUCCAGACCAACACACCAAAAGCUUUUGUCGUAUUUUCAACAUUUGUCUGACCAGAUUUUACGAACUGCUGAGUGAGUGAAAUCCGGUUUGUUGAGAUGUUCACGGCUGUGGAGCUCGAACAUCUGUGAGCAGAACCCAGUGGACUCACAAACCCUCAGAGAUCAGAUCUGAUUUUCUCCAAAGUGCCUUAAUGUUGUGUUGAAUUAUUGAUCGGUCCAUUAACCAAGAUGCUUUCAGUGAAGAGAACAGUGUCGUCAGACUCUGGUGGAGGAAUGAAGUGAUUUAUCGUGUUGUAGAAGAAGCCAUGUCCAGUGUUAUUGAUCAUACGUCACAUCACAUGUUGUUUCUCUACUUUUUUUUUUAAGUUUAAACUACAAGUUGUGAUUUUUGUCGCAUGUUGUAAAUUAAAGGCUCAUUGCACCAAC